UUCAUUUUUUAUUUUUUAGGAACCAUGUGAUGCAACAUGUUCAGCAGUUAUGAACGACUUGAAAAACGUUCUGGAAAGAAAGGCGUAGACCGACCCCAGUAUUUGAAAGAGCUCGUUGGUGAAUUUAUCACUUCAGAAAACUGUGAGGCCAAGGAACAGGUUCUAGCGAACUUAGCAAACUUUGCAUAUGAUCCCAUCAACUAUCAUUGGUUUCGUAAACUGAAAAUUAUUGACCUUUUCUUAGACCAGUUAUCUGAAGGCACAUCUACUUUAUGUAGCUUUGCAGCUGCUGGACUCUGUAACUUAGCUCUCGAUCAAGCAAAUAAAUUGUACAUCAUUGAGAAUGGUGGUGUGGCACUAAUCUGUAGAUGCCUCUCAGCCCAAGAGGAGUCUACAGUAAUCUCUGCAAUAACAACUCUUAUGUUUCUUGUCACACCUCAUUCCAAGGCAGAUAUCGCCAGUAAAGACAUAGUGCAGCAAAUGUUGACCAAAGCUCGUAGUGAAAAUCCACGCAUUCGUAACGUUGCUAGAAUCUUCUUGGACGAUUACUGCACACCUGAACAGAUUUUAAAUGGACAGUCAGUACCAUAGAUUUUACAUACUCU